UACGGGAGUACAAACAGAUACUGCCGUACUACAGAAACAGACACAGUCGUAAAUAUUGCAAAAAGAUAAUAUAAUAAUAUGUAAUAAUAACGACUACAUAUUAUUAAUAUUAAAACGCACUUUUACAAUUUAUUUACAGCUAUCAAUUAUGUGUCUUUCUACUACUUAGUACUAUAGGACAUUAACAGUAGUUGUUGUGGGUGUCAGGAAUGGACGGGGUCCGGUGGGCGUUCCGCUGCGGUUCGUGGGUACCGACCCGUUCCGAGUGGACUCUGGCGGCCCGGUGCAUCCAGCCGGAGGAGAAAGAACGAAUCGGGCAGUUCAUGUUCGCCAAAGAUGCUAAAUCUGCCAUGGCUGGACGUCUACUGAUCAGAAAGCUGGUUUGUGAGAAGAUGGGUUUUGCAUGGGACGGGUUUCGACUGGAAAGAACAGCGCGGGGGAAACCGUACCUGCCACGGCCCUCGUCCGGCCCCAGCAUCACUCACUGGAACUUCAACCUGUCCCAUCAGGGAGAUUACGCUGUGCUGGCAGCAGAACCGGGACGCCAGGUGGGAGUAGACGUGAUGAAGACCAGCAGACCCGGCAGUAGCUCUGUGCAGGAGUUUUUCCGCAUCAUGAAUCGUCAGUUCACGGAUCUGGAGUGGACGAACAUCCGGACGGCCGGCUCGGACUGGGACCAACUGGACAUGUUUUAUAGGCACUGGACGUUGAAGGAGAGCUUCAUCAAAGCGAUUGGCACAGGGCUGGGCUUCGACCUGCAGAGGGUGGAGUUUCACAUCUCGCCCAAUCAGAUGCGAGAGGGGCAAGUGUACCACCAGACACGAAUGCACCUGGAUGAUGAAGAAGAGGACUGGAUAUUUGAGGAGAGCUUAUUGGACAAAGAUCAUCACGUCGCUGUGGCGCUGGGAAAACCAGAUAUCAGCAUGUCUAAAGGGGAUGGUGGAACUUUUUGUGAAGCCCCGCCCCUUUUGUUCACACUAUUGAGUUUCAGUGAUCUGGUGUCUAGAGCCACGCCCCUAACAGAGGAAGACUCCGCCUACUGGGAGAGAUUUCAGAGCAAAAAGGAAGCACCUUCAAGGCAAAGUGAACAGCAGUGACCCAUGACAAAUGCAAAUUUAUGUAAAUAAAGUACAUGUUUAUA